AUAAAAUAAAAAAUGGACCCUAAUUAGCUCAAGCUUAAUCCAAAAAUUAAAAUAAUAUCAGCCAGCCAAUAGCCUCAAAGUAAAAAUAUUUAGGAAUUGCCUUAAAACAAUUUAUAUUCUUCUUAAGGCUCAAGUAAUAUUUUUUACCUAUUUAUUAGAUGAAAGGCAGAGCUCAAAUAACAAUAUAAAAAUCAAACUAUAGCCCUAAAUGAAUCCUUAAGUAAUAUAUGUAGAUUAAUAAAUUGUAGAGAGCUAGUGAUUUUGAAAACCUUUUUUCGAAAGUAUAAUAAGAUAUCGAAUAAAAUGAUGUUCUCUAUAAUUUAUCUCCAUUAAUGGAAAAUUAAUAAGUAAAUUACUAAUUCUGGAGAUUUGAGUUUAGAGGCCAAGGAAACUUUGAAGGAAAAUGCAUUAGUGGUCUUAACUUUUAUUGAUAUUAAUAGGUGUUUUAAAGUUGUAAUCAGAUCAUCCUGUAUCUGCUCCAAUAUUUUACUUUGAUCCAAUAAGAGUAGGAUAAAUUGAUGAAGUUAUAUAGCACUUAAAUAUUUAUGGAGGUAAAAUAGUUAAAAUCGUAUAAAGAUCACACUUUAUGCAUUCCAUUAUUCACUUAUUGGAAAUAAACUACAUCUGAAUAUGAAAUAUUGUAAGCCAUUGAGCACAUUUUUCAUAAUCCUAAUUGGUAGGAAGGUGAUGCUCCUGCUAAUCCAGGCUUGUCGUCGGAGACUCAGGAUUAAAGAGAUUAGAUUUAAAGGAAUUAGGCAAAAUAUUUACCAGGUUUUUAAAAGGCAUAAUGAGUAAUAUAAGAAAGAAUUAUUAAUAAUUAU